UUAAAUUCAUCUGUUUACAAGUUCUAACCUCAAAUAAUGUUGAGGCGAGUUAAGCAUUAAACGAACUCGACAAAAUAAAAUUUUAGUGUUAAGAAUGUCUUAUAUUCUUGAAGAAGCAUUCAAUAUUUUUCACGAAGAAACUUCAGAAUUAUAUUUGCAUGGUCACAUUGAUGAAGUGUACACUUUAGAUGCAUUACAAUUUCACAGAGACUAUGUGUCUAAAAACAUACCUGUAGUUAUUAAGGGUGGAUGUUUAAAAUGGUCUGCUACACAGAAGUGGAACUCUCAGUAUUUUAGGCAAGUUAUACCAAACAAGGAAAUAACUCUAGCUAUUACACCAAAUGGAUAUGCAGAUGGUAUAACAAAAGAUAAAACUGGCAUUGAAUGCUUUGUGAUGCCGUGUGAAGUACAAACUUCAAUGUCACACUUUUUAGAUAUGCUUGAAAAUAAAAGAGAAAAUUACAUACCCUACAUUCAAAGACAGAAUUCUAACUUAACUGAAGACUUCAAAGAAUUAUUCUCAGAUGUAGAACAUGAAAUAGAUUUUGCAAGUAAAGCAUUUAAUAAGAAGCCUGACGCUGUAAAUUUUUGGAUGGGUGACUCAAGGGCUAUAACCUCAAUGCACAAAGACCCCUAUGAAAACAUAUACUGUGUUAUCGAUGGGUAUAAAGACUUCAUAUUAAUUCCACCCACUGACUUGCCUUACGUCCCAUAUAAGAAGUAUAAACAGGCAAUGUUCAAAUAUAAUGACGGAUGGGAUAUCGAAAUGAUAGAUAGUGUUGAACUACCUUGGAUUUGUAUAGAUCCUCUCAAGCCGGACUUUUUGAACUACCCUCAAUUUUCAAAAGCGCAUAGAUACACAAUUCGCAUAAAUAAAGGGGAUUGUCUGUAUCUGCCUAGUCUAUGGUUCCACCAUGUUUCGCAGAGUCACGGAUGCGUUGCUGUCAAUUAUUGGUAUGACAUGGAGUUUGACAUUAAAUAUUGUUAUUUCAAAAUGCUUGAAAAGUUGUGUGAGAGUCAAACUUAAAUAUAUAAAAAUUUCUUUACACUGAUACAUUUGUCUAUAAAAAUCAUGAAUAAUUCCAUUCAAAAUUGAACUAUGAACCUUUGAAAAGUGACAAAUUUUAUAGAAAAACCGAUUUGACAAAUGUUUAUUUUUUAUCAACAAGCUAGAAUAGUUUUCUAUAAGGCCGUUUAUGGGCAUAUUUGAAAAAAAAUAAUUUAACCGACUUUAAGAAAAGUUAGUUAUCCGCUUUAGUUUCCGAGAAAUAUGUGGGCGAACGAAACAAUAUUUAGCAAUUCAAUUUAUCAGUAUGUAUGUGAUAUAGUUGGAACUGGAUACUAUUUAUAAUAAUAUGAAACUGACAAGGUGUGCAAAAUUUUGUUUCAUUUGUCAUUCAGAAAUAUGUGGACAUUUCUCGGAAAAUAAAAUUCUGCACUAAAGAAUAUACUACAAGUAUAUUCAGCACUGGGAUGAAAAAGCAUGUCCCAAUCACGAAGCACAAUCCUCCUUUCCGGGAUGAAUAGCUCCCUGAAACCGAGAGCCACGGGUGCGUUCUUCUUCGACAUAGCGAAAGCUUUCGACAAGGUCUGGCAUAACGGCUUGAUUUACAAGCUUUACCACCUCCAAGUGCACUUGAAGGAACGUUAUCGUCCCCUCGACCCAUCAGGGCCGGAGUCCCUCAAGGCUCGGCUCUCUCGCCCCUUCUUUUCACGCUGUUUACCAGCUACAUCCCUAGGGCUCCCAAUGUGGAGCUAGCCUAUACCUCUCAUAAAGACAGAGGUGUCAUUGUGGACAAACUGCAGACCGCCAUUUCGACAAGGCUAAACAUCAUCCCAACCCGCUGGUGCGUAAUAGCAUCAAUUAUUCCCCUUCCCGAUAAAAAAGGCUCGUAGGAGCCCCCGACACAUACAUAUAUGUCGGAGAAUGAAUAUUUUAAACACUCUGAAGUUAGUCGUAGAAUGCGGUGUGGUAUGUAAAGAAAGACUGUCAACGUUGACAAUUGACAAUGCCUAGUCUGUGUGAUCUACCAAAUGUCAGUGGCGCGACUGUUUCGU